UCCACAACGUCUACCAGAAUCAAACAAAAUAAAUAAAGCGCAUCAGUAACUAAAAAAACUCAAUGAAUUUAGAUCGUAAGAGUAAAAUUAGUGGCACAAAUACUUCAUAAUUCUCAUUUAGAAUGAGUUCGAUAAAAGAACGGCUGCAACUAAAACGAGUUCCGCUAGACUCGUGGUCCAUUCGUGAAAAAUUAUCGCUUGCAUCGGUGGUUGCGUGCAGUGGUGAUCAAAAUUGGAUGACGGUAAGCCGAGCGCUCAAGGGACUGUGUGGCGGUGACAGGCCCAGUGACUGGUUUUCACAGAAAUCGUGUGCGGCUCAAUACGGCCAGCUCUUAGAGAAUGUUGCAACGCCGAAACGGAAAAAGCGUUCCGAAAAAGACAACAGCCAAACGGUGGCGGUUGAAACUCCCGCUGAAUUGAUAUUAAGAGAUUUGAGACAGGAACGCAUCGAUGAACUGGAAAAUUUGCUAUCGACCGACGAGGAACAACACAAGAAAACCAACGAUGAAAUUAUGGAAAUUCAAUCGAAAAAGGCUGACAUCGAACGACUCAGAGAAUUAUAUGCUCAGAUGACACAGGAGCAGAAGAAGCGGCAAAAAGAACAGCUCGAACGAAAACAAUGGCUGGAGGAACGGGAAGAACGGAAAAUGGAGCAUGAACGAGCUUGGCGACCGGCCCACUUCUUUCAAAAUGCAGCAAAUCAAUCGCCGUCGAAGCCAUCAAAUUUAAAUAUAAAAAUCAAUCCGGCCGAAGACAUGGACAUUGAUGACACCAAUGCCAAGCAAGGUACAUCCCCAUUGCUUACAUCUUUAUUAAAAUCCCCAUCGCCGGCACCAAAUCCUGCCACUAUGCUCCACACUUCAAUUAGCUCACCCAACAAUAAUCGAGUGACGGCUCCGACUAUAACCAAUCUCCUGACUGGUUCACUCUCAAACAUUCCAAUUUCGGUACAACAUCAAACAUUUCCCGUACAAAUGCCGUCACUGGCACCGUCGAUCCAUUUCGAACAAUCGAACGUCGUUCAAUCGCCAUCUCAGGCAGCGCCAACAUUAUCAAUGCUGUUGGAAAACAAAUUCAAAGAAUCGCCGCAGAAAAUUCCGCCGUUGGCUCGCAUCGAUUCGGGUACAUUUCGACCGCAAGAAAUGAACCAAUUUCAGCAACAAAUUGAGGCCAACAUUGUUCCCGUAAACACCGUCACUGAUAGCGAGAGUAACGAGGACGGCACUAGAGACGAAGACCAGCAAUUAAUUGACGUAUUCAAUUUCAUACCGGAUAACAUAGACGAUCUGGCUGAAAUUCUUACACCGGAAUUACUGGAGAAUGUUGAAUCUAUGAUCGAAGAGGAACAACGAGUAAACGAGAUGGAAAAGGUAGAUCAAGACGAUUCGAAGGCGGCGGGGUUUCCUGAUGAUCAGCAAAUGUGUGUGGAAGCACAAGAAGAAGACGUUAAUCAACUUGUUGCAACGGAUGGAGAUGAAGUGAAUGUGCCGAAGUCCACCUCACCAACCGAGAGCGUUUUGGAGACCAGAGAGGUUGUGGAGCUGAAGGAGGAAGAUCAAUCCGAUUUUUCGAACGAUGUUCCCCUAGCAGAGCUGUUCAAAUGUACUCAACCGGCAUUAGAAGUGAAACAGUCGAAUGAGGAGGACACUACCUCAAAAACCAAGGAGCCGGAUGUAUUCGAAUCGGACAGCAACGAUGACCAAUGUUUGGAAAGUAUAAAACGCGAAAUUCAGGGACUCAAAGGCCUAAAAGAGAACAGCGAUAACUCGAACGAGGAAACUGAUCACCAGACAAAGUUUGGACAAAGUGAUGGAAAUGAGUCAGCCGAUGGAUUUCCUGCAACGGAAAAUCUCACAGAAGAUGCGAAUGAGGUUGAAGUCGAUGAGCCGAAAAGUGAUUCCGUGGUUGUGGACGAAGAAAAGGAGCAGCCAGCUGAAACAAUGGAAGUUGUAGAAAUAAAGGAUGAUAAAAGUGAAGAGGACAAACAGGAAGCGGUUGUUGUUAUUGAGGAAACAGAUGAUGCCAAUUCUGAGGCCACCGUAUCCGAUGAAGUGAAAAUGGACGUUGUCGAGAGUGUGAAAGAAGAUGAGCAGAAGGACACAAAUAAAUCAAAAAGUCGAACCGAAUCAACAGAUGAUGAUGACGACGACGACGAGGAUUCAAAAGGAGUGACGGAUGAUGUAAUACCCGAAAAUAAAGAGCCAAUUGGGGAAGCUAAAUCGAAUGAUCGAACCAUUGUUGACACAGACGACGAUUCUCCCAUCGAAGUGAUUCGGGAAGAUAAAAGUGGCAAAGUCAAGCGCGACUAUUCUCGCAAAAAGUUGGAUAGUUCGAGCGUGGAAAAACGAUUGGAUUCUGUUGCCGAAGAAAACAAGCCACUGACAAGGGUCAAGGAACGCGAUCGCUCCGAAAGUCCAUACAUCGAUGAUGAUGCAGAAUCCAAGUCGUCGUCGCGUCGGUCGCGUUCCACGCCCGUACUGGAUUCACUUCCCAAUUCGCCAGCUUCCGUCGAUGACCACGAGUAUCGCACGUGGAAAAAGUCAAUUUUAUUGGUGUACAAUCAAGUGUACAGCCACAAGUACGCUUCCAUUUUUCAGAAACAAAUAUCCGACGACAAGAAAGCCGACUAUCGAUCGUACAUCCACUAUCCGAUGGAUUUGCACACCAUCAAACGAAACAUUGAAUCUGGCAAGUGUCGCACGACUAUUGACUUUCAACAUGAUAUCGCGCUGAUGUGCUACAAUGCAAUCAUUUACAAUUGUAACGACAUGGUGACGCGUGACAUGGCUAUCGAGAUGAGAGAUUUUGCAUUCGGUGCGGUAGAAACCAUAAUGGACACGUGGAAAAAGGAAAAUGAAAAAACGUCGUCGUCGCCUGGUGUUAAGAUGACAAGAAAACGAAAACGACUGCCACCAGCGUAAAUCGUGUAUUAUGAAUGUCAAAAUUAAAACUGUAUAAAAACUGA